AUGGCUGCUUUCGGAGUGGCACGGAACCUUUCUCUACAGUACCUGAGAACCCCAAGGAAUAAAUUAGAAGAUGAAACCCCUACGUCGAACGCUGCUCCAACUGGUCUAUUAAAGAGCAGUUUGAUCAAGUCAGUUGAUGUUGCUCCAGUUGUGGAACACAAAGAUGAGUUUUUGUCAAUUGUACCUGUUGAUCCUCAUUCCCGUGAACUUAUUCAUAAUCCUACGUAUGAAGAAUUGUUUGCACCGACUUUUGGCCCUAUUAACCCAUUUAAAUCUGAGAAACAAUUGGCUGCCAAGAAUACUUUGAAUGGUUAUGUUGAAGAGGCUCAUGUCAACAUGUUUUCUUUCGAGAACCAACACAGAACGUUUAUGACUUAUGGUUAUGCUGAAGACCCGUCUAUCGAAGGAGGUGCUGAUCGACGUUUAGUCGGAGAGGUGGAAAGUAUGGCUGAAAAUGAAGGCAAAACUGCAUUUGAAAAACGCAAGAAAAGAAAAGGCGAUCUACGUCAGCGAGACAGUAAUUGGGAUCCAACAAGUGAAGAAUACACAGGCCCAUGGGCUAAAUAUAAAGAUGAAGAAUCUGUUUCAGUGCCUUCUGAAGAGGAUCGUGUCUAUUUAGAGGCCUAUUUAUCAAAGAAAGCUAGCAAACGUCGAGUGGUUGAAGAGGCUCCAGUUGAAGAAAAAUCUACGCUACAUAUACCAACUCCUUUCGACUAUCAAGGUCGAAGCUUCUUGCAUGCGCCACAUGAUAUUCCAAAUGUAAAUCUUCGAGCAACUGAUCCACCAGAACGUUGCUUUUUGCCUAAGAAACAAAUCCAUGAAUGGAUUAAUGCACAUGCUCGUGGUGUUGCCGCUGUUCGUUUAUUUCCUCAAACAGGUCAUUUAAUGAUGUCUGCAGGAAUGGAUUCAAAGAUAAAGUUAUGGGAGUUGUACAAAGAGCGUAGACUUAUUCGAAGUUAUAUGGGUCAUCGGCAAGCAGUGCGUGAUGUCUGCUUUAACAAUAAUGGUACUGCCUUUUUAAGUGCAUCAUAUGAUCGGUAUGUGAAAUUAUGGGAUACAGAGAUUGGCAAGUGUACAAAUCAAUUCAAUUUAAAGCGUGUUGCCUAUUGCGUUCGUUUCAAUCCAGACGAGGAUAAACAACAUCUCUUCUUAGCUGGUUGUUCUGAUAAAAAGAUAUUAUGUUAUGAUACACGUAGUGGUGAAGUUGUUCAACAGUACGAUCGUCAUUUAGGCGCUGUUAAUGCAGUAGCAUUUGUUGAUAAUAAUCGAAGAUUUGUUUCAACAUCAGAUGAUAAAUCUUUACGUGUUUGGGAAUGGGAUAUACCAGUCGACUUUAAAUAUCUUGCUGAUCCAUCUUUGCAUUCAAUGCCAGCGGUUACGGUUUCACCCAACGGGAAAUAUUUAAUAUGUCAAUCACUUGACAAUCAGUUGGUUGUUUUCAAUAUAUUUGCUGGUUUCAAACGUAUGCGAAAAAAGAUAUUUCGUGGUCAUAUGGUGUCUGGUUAUGCGUGUACAAUGGAUAUGUCACCAGAUAUGCGUUAUGUUAUCUCUGGUGAUGGUGAUGGUUACUUAUGCCUAUGGGAGUGGAAGACAACACGACUUCUAACCAAGUGGAAAGCUCACGAAGGUGUAUGCAUAAAUUGUGCUUGGCUACCGCAUGAAACCUCAAAAGUGAUAACUGCUGGUUGGGAUGGAAAUAUUCGUCUUUGGGAUUGAUUUUGAAUGUCUCACUGUUUUUGUUAUUACACCCGAAAAGUGAUAUCACAACGUCGAGAGCACAUCUUACUACUUUGUUACUUGAUGUGCUGAUUUGAGGUGUUGCAACCUGGAACAUUGUGCAGUAAUGCCUGGUUUUAUGUUGCUAUUGAUAAUGAUGAUGAUGCCCGUGUAAAGAAACUAGACAGCACAUCGAUGUAUCACGAGUCGUCAUAAUCGUCAUCAGAAAGAAUAGUUCAAAUAAAAUUCAGUUUUUAUUGGAUCUGUGUAGUUUUCACUUUCCACUCCCUAUUUUCGAAACAUG